AUGUCCGUGCGCCGCAUCUUCACCCUGCUGCUCCUCGCCAUCCUGAGCAGGCGCCUGGCCGCCAUGCCGCAGAGUCAACGGGGGGACGACGCUGCCGAGAAAGACCUGAUGGUUCCGCCGCUCCUGGACGGCGAGUCGGACUUCAGGAGGAACCAGAUGUGGGAGGACAUCACGGACGAAGAUGGGGGCCCCAGAUUGGUCCUUUUGGCCGACCCCAGGCACAGAGCAGCACGCACGCGGGGUUCGAUUCCUGCUUUGACGCGGAGCUGGAGUCACACCCCUUCAGACAACCUGAGGGUGGAGCGCCAGGACUCGGACAUAGACGUGCUGCGCUGCAUGAUUGGGAGAGUGUACCGACCCUGCUGGGGGUCCUGAACGCAUCAUCAACCACCUGCAGGAGGCGACACCACAAAAUAAAAGUUUGAAUGCAUCGUCAACAACCUGCAGGAAGUGACACCACAAAAUAAAAGUCUGUUUGAAAUAAUACAUGUUUACAGAGUUUGGUCAUUCUGGCAGGAAGUGUCACAAAUAAAAGCAUUUGUGCUUUGCCAUGCUUUACACUUGACUUUCAAAAUAAAGCAACUGCAAAAUUGGUAAAAUUAAAUAAAGGUUUAU